UUGGGAAACAUAUAUAAAAGAAAUCUUAAACAAAACGAAGAUCAAACAAUAGAACAAUGGCAUCUUAUUUCAAGGGUUCUUAUGAGGACUUUGAUCCCUUCUGCAAGUGGCAAAGAGGGCAAGAACGUGACAUUCUUGAGAUUCAUCUCCAAGGAUUCACAAAAGAAUAUUUGAAUGUCCAACUCAACGGCAAUGGAGUCCUAACCAUUAGCGGUGAGAAUGGUGUUGUUGAGAAUACCAAAAAAGGUCGUUUCCGCAAAGAAAUCCAAAUGGGAAAAGAGCACAAAACAGACCAAAUUCGUGCUAGGUUUACCAAUAGCAUUCUCUUCCUAACAAUCCCAAAAAUUUCGAUAAGUGAUCAACUACCACCGUCACCACCACCACCUACGAAAUCUCCUCGUUUCUUAGGAGAUGGUAUGAUAGGCAAAAAUAUAGCUUUGGGAGUUGCUGUGGUGGUUGCUAUUGGUAUUAUUGUUGGGGGUCUCAUAAUAUGGAAAUGUAUUUCAAAUCCACCUAUUCUAAUAUACUGAUCAUCGUCAUAUCAUGUUCUAGAUUUCUUUGAUUUGAAUAAUUGUGUUAAUAAUUAAGGUUUCUAAUGAUUGAAUGUAUGAUCAUACUUACCCAACAUUUAUUCAUUGUUUUCAUU